GCGGAGUGGAGAGGACAGUCGCCGAGGAGCAGCCGACGAGAGCGGGAGGAGAGCGCCGCGGGGAAAAAAAAAAAAAAAAAAGCCCGUGUGAAAUGCCCCAAAGACGCCGCUCCCGGAUGCACCGACGCUAGGACGCACACCACGAGGACGCGCGCACGGAAUAACCCCCCCACACCCCCCCAACGACCAAAUCUUUUAUCACCGUCUUUGAAACUGCGCGGGUUUGAUGCUGUCCACACGGAGAUUUGCGCCAAUAACGGACUUUUGGGUCGGCUGAACCAUGCUGAGGCUGCUGCUCCUGACCCUGCUAAGUUUUCAAAUAGUGUGGACAGCGAGGUUCUCCCAGGAGCCGGCGGACCAGUCGGUGGUGCGGGGCCAGAGGGUGCUGCUCUCCUGCGUCGUCUUCAACUACUCGGGCAUCGUUCAGUGGACCAAAGAUGGACUGGCCCUGGGCAUCGGCGAGGACCUGCAGGCGUGGCCCAGAUACCGGGUGCUCCGCGUGCAGGAGCUGGGUCAGUACAACCUGGAGAUCCUGUCGGCCGACCUGUCCGACGACGCCCAGUACGAGUGCCAGGCCCCCGACGCCGCCCUGAGGUCCAGACGAGCCAAACUCACCCUCCUCAUCCCCCCAGACGACCCGGUGAUAGACGGGGGCCCCGAGGUGCUGCUGAACGCCGGCGAGUCGUACAACCUGAGCUGUGUGUCGCGAGGGGCCAAACCCGCCUCUGUCAUCGAGUGGCUGAAGGACGGGCUGCCAGUAGAGGGCGCUGCCAGCGUCACGGAGGUUCUUCCGGACAGAAAGCGUGUGACCACUCGGAGUUUCCUGCCUGUUCAUCCCGUGGACACUGACACCGGGAGAAACUUCAGCUGUGUGACGAGUAACCAGGCUGUACCCACGGGCAAAAGCACAACCGUCACCCUCAACGUGCACCAUCCUCCCACGGUGACGUUGUCCAUUGAGCCCCGGUCGGUUCUGGAGGGAGACCGGGUCACCUUCACCUGCCAGGCCCACGCCAACCCUCCCAUCAUGGGCUACAGGUGGGCGAAGGGCGGCGUCGUCCUGCAGGGGGCGAGGGAGAGCGUCUUCAUCACUAAAGCCGAUCACUCCUUCUUCACCGAGCCCGUGUCCUGUCUGGUGUUCAACGCUGUGGGCAAGACCAACGUCAGCAUCCUGGUGGACGUGCACUUCGGUCCCAUCCUCCUGGUGGAGCCUCAGCCCAAGACCGUGGACGUGGACUCGGACGUGACCCUCAACUGUAAAUGGGCCGGAAACCCUCCCCUCACCCUCACCUGGUUCAAGAAGGGCUCCAACAUGGUUCUGAGUAACAGUAACCAGCUGCACCUGAAGUCGGUGAGCCAGGCGGACGCGGGCCAGUACGUGUGCAAAGCCAUCGUGCCCAGGAUCGGCGUGGGAGAGACCGAGGUCACGCUCACGGUCAACGGUCCGCCGCUCAUCUCCAGCGACGCGGUGCAGUACGCCGUGAGGGGCGAGCGCGGCGAGGUGAAGUGCUACAUCGCCAGCACUCCUCCCCCGGACAAAAUCGUGUGGGCGUGGAAGGAGAACGUGUGGGAGAAGGAGCGGGGCACCCUGCUGGAGCGUUACACGGUGGAGCAGAGCCGCCCCAGCCCAGAGGGGGGCGGCGUCCUCUCCACACUCACCAUCAACAACGUCAUGGAGUCCGACUUCCAGUCCACCUACAACUGCACGGCCUGGAACGCCUUCGGACCCGGGACCAUGAUCAUCACGCUGGAGGAGACAGAGGAGUUCCCCGUGGGCCUGAUCGCCGGGGUCAUCGUGUGCAUCACCGUUCCUCUCUCCAUCCUCCUGCUGGUGCUCGUGCUCAUCUUCUACAGACAACGCAAAGGCAGUCGCCGCGGGGUCACUCUGGGGAAACCUGACAUUAAGGUGGAGACCAUAAACAAGGAGAGCCACAGUCUGGAGGAAGACUCCGGGAGCGUGUCCACGGCGUCGCGCAUGGUCAAGGCCAUGUACUCGUUUCUGCCCUCUGUGUCCUUCUCUCCCUCCAACCAGCCGUUCAAAGACGACAUGGAGCUGAAGAGCGAGCUGCGCACCGACACGCUGGACACGCGCCAGGAGUACGACCUCAAGGAUCCGACUAACGGUUACUACAACGUGCGAGCGUCCACUCACGACGAGGGCCGGCCCGCGUCCCGCUCCACCGUGCACUACUCUGACUACCGCUCGCCCACGGGGACGCCGGGGGGCGCCGCCUCCAUCAGCAGCAGCGCCGGGGGCUCGGGGGCCACGGCCAGCGGAGGGGCCCCUGGACCCCUCACCUCCCCGGGACGUCCUCAGCCCUGCUACGACCCCCGGCCCCCCUCCAGGCUGUCCCACAUCAGCUACGCCCAGUUCAACACCUUCACCCGCGGGGGCCAGAGCCAGCAGGGCCCCUCCAACCCGGGGCCCUCGGCGGCGGACUUCCCCCCCGACUGCAGCCUGCUGGACUCCACCUCGCAGCUGGCCUACGACAACUACGGAUACCCCUCCCACUACCAACCCUACCGCAUGGGCUUCGCCCCGUCCAGCCUGGCCCCUCUGGAGGCCGGCCCCUCCUACGAGAUGUACGGAGUGAGCACGCCCGCGGUCAGCGUGUCCCCCGGGGCCCCCGCUCCAUCGGGCCCCGACACUGGACUGGGCAAAUACGGCAGCUCCACACGCUUCUCCUACACGUCCCAGCACUCCGACUACUCCCACAGCCGCCACACGCAGAGGAUGCAGACGCACGUGUGAGGCCAGCAGGGGGCAUCAGCACACGCCACAAACACACACACAGACACACACACAGACACACACAGACACACACACCUCAGA